CGGGUACCUCUAGGGGCCGUUUCAGUUUCUUAUUCUACUUGAGUCACCUUCCCUGCCUGUGCCUGUCUGUCACUUAUUUAGCGACCUUGCUCUUCAUCGAGGCUCAGCCAACGACGUUACAAUUCUACCUAACUCGCAAUGCCAAGGGACACAAAGCAGUUUGAGAACAAGAAAGCGCAAAAUGAAGGCAAUUCUCCAGCGCGUGCUCUCAGCCUCUGUCACGGUCGACAACCAAUUGGUUUCCGCUAUCGGCCAAGGCAUUCUCGUUUUGGCGGCUGUUGCCCCCGGCGACACGGUAAAGGAGGCUGAGGCUCUGGCAUCCAAAGUACUCAAGUUGAAACUGUGGGAUGAUGAAUCAGGAGGACGGUGGAAAAAAAGUGUCCAAGACAUCGGCGGCGAGGUAUUGUGUGUCUCUCAGUUCACCUUGCUUGCUUCUACCAAGAAGGGCAGCAAGCCCGACUUCCACGGAGCCCUAGGCCCAGAUGAGGCAAAGACCUUGUAUGACCUGUUCUACAAGAAGGUCCAGGAAGGCUAUGCUGCCGAAAAGGUCAAGAACGGUGUUUUCCAGGCUAUGAUGCAGGUUGCCUUGGUCAAUGAUGGACCGGUCACCCUCGAGGUAUCGGCCACGCCGGCAGCGCAGCAACAGCAGCAGCAGCAGAAGAAGAAGGAAGACCGAAAGCUUAAUCAGAAGCAGCAAAAGCAACCACAGCAACCACAGCGAAGGGCCAUGGAAGACGGCCAAGCGGCGGCAGACAAGGUGUCUGGCUCGACAGAUCAAGUCUAGGUGGGCGAGUG